CAUCGGUUGCAGAGGAUGUGCUUUCUCCAAAUACGGUUGAACGUUUAAAUUGAAGGUGUAAACAUUCCGGGGAAUCAAUUUCGUUUGGAGAAUUCACGGACAAUACUUGACGUUUUUCCAAUAAUCUUUUCACAAUAUUCCAGAAAGAGAGUGAAGGCUUUCGAAAGAAGACGCGGUAACAGGGUUACCUUAAAAGCAUCAAUUUGACACAUAAACGAUAAAAUAGACGUCGGGGAUUAAAUUAAAGUUGCUUUAACAAAAUUGCAAUAAUUUUCAAUUUGGAAACUACACACUCAGAUUAUUGAUAUAAGCGAUCAGCUACAAUCUAGGGAAUAUAUGCGGAUUUAGAUCUAUAUAGAAUAAAAACUCCUCAAAGUGUUGGAAACUCAGUUUAAAUAGAGCUCGUUAGUUCAUUAAAUGAGCCCGGCAAAGUGUAACACGAUAUGAGUGCCUAUUCAAAAUGUUCAUGACCUCAACUAUUUACCCGAUUUAUGUAUUUUAUAGUAAAAGAACAGAGCAUAACAGAGCAUAACAAACGGUUGUAGUAAAAAGGCUUAAAAGCAAAAAACAUAAACACGUAAAAUUGACUACAGGUACUAUGCAAGAUGGCGACGAGCGGGCGUUCUCGUUAAAUUUCAAACAAAUGGACUCUAAUUAUUACCCUGAGUAUCAUAGUAUCAGGGUAUCUAAUGCUGAUUAAAAAAAUCCAAUAGAGUGUAAAGCAAUCAAUGUCAAUAAUAGAAGAUAUAAAAUAGAGAGAAACUGCAGGAGAUUGAAACCCUGGGACUGAGUUAAGGAAAGGGAAGCAGGAUGGGGAACAACUCGGGUUGUGCCAAGGUUGUCUUGGUUGUGUUUAUAGUGGUGAUGCUAUUGAACCUUGUGGUGUUCGUUGCCCCGGGAUGGCUCAUCAAGUCGACGGAGAAUCCUACAAGUUCCGAGACUACAAUGAUAGGACUUUGGCUUGUAUGUACCACCAAGGAUUUCCAUGAAUCGUAUAACCUUGAAUCAGUCUCGGAGUGCGUCUCCAGCAUAGGGACCAUGUCAUAUAGAGUUGAAUGGUGGGAGACGGUGCAAGUCUUUAUAUUCCUGGGUGUCGUCCUGGUGUUCAUGUCAUUGCUUAUAUUCUGUGUCUAUCUCUGCAUGGACAACGAGAAGAGGAGCGACAAGAUAAAAUUAGGAAUCGCCAUCUCGUGCUUCACAUCAGGAAUACUCUGGUUCAUUGGUUUGGUGGUGCUCGCAGCAAAGUUCAGAGAACAUGACGUUCUCAGGGAAUCCACGUUGUCAUAUUCCUUUGGACUAGCCGUAAUGACUGUAUUGGUGAACUUUGCCUUGGGUGGGAUAACAUUUGCCGCAUAGACUCCUUAUUAAAUGGCAAAUGAUGAAUAUUACAUGGUGGCCAAGCAACAUGAUGGCGAGGCAGUUUCAAUUUGCAACGGCUCAGCUUCAUUUGCUCUACGGAGGGCUCUACGGUCU